AUGGCCGACGUCGACGUCGACCUCCAGGCCGUCCACGACGCAAUGGUGUCGGCGGCCUACGAGGCCGGCAAGAUGAUUCUCGCCGCCAACCCGGCCGACAUUGACACGGGCACCAAGCUCAACUCCGUCGACAUCGUCACCGAGGUGGACAAGGGCGUCGAGAAGAUGGUCUCGGGGCGCCUGGCCGCGGCGUUUCCCUCGUUUGCGUUCAUGGGCGAGGAGACGUACAAGCCUGGCGUGCGGCUGGGCCCGGAGCCGACGUUUGUCGUGGAUCCCAUUGACGGCACCACCAACUUUGUCCACUCGUUCCCCAACGCGUGCAUCUCGCUCGGCCUGGCCGUCGACCGCCGCCCCGCCGUGGGCGUCAUCUACAACCCGUGGCAGGACCUGCUCUUCACCGCCGUGCGCGGCCGCGGCGCCCACAUGACGCGCAUCCGCGGCACCCCGCCGCAGCGCCUCCCCCUGGCGCGCUCCCCGCGGCCCCUCACGGGGCUCGGCUCGGCGCUCCUCGCCGUCGAGUGGGGGUCCGACCGCGAGGGCGCCAACUUCGACGCCAAGGCCGCCAUCUUCCGCCAGCUGGCCGCCAGCCGCGAGUCCGGCGGCAGCAUGGUCCACUCGCUGCGCAGCCUCGGCUCCGCCGCCCUCAACAUGGCGGCCGUCGCGGCGGGCCAGCUCGACGCCUACUGGGAGGGCGGCUGCUGGGCCUGGGACGUCUGCGCCGGGUGGUGCAUCCUCGAGGAGGCGGGCGGGCGCGUCGUCGGCGGGAACCCGCGCGACUGGGAUACGCCCCUCGAGUCGCGCGUGUACCUGGCCGUACGGGGCGCGCCCACCGGCCAGGAGGAGCUGGUUGAGGAGUUUUGGGCCGUCAUGGGCGACCGCAAGCUCGAGUACUCGGUGUAG